AUGGAUCUAGCAAAUGGCAUGGUGAAUAAAAAAUUGGAAAAAUUUAGGGAGCUAUUCACACAUGAUGAUAUUGUUAAGAAUGCUAAUGGUGCUCUUGAUGCUUAUUUGUUACCAAGUACUGAUGCUCAUCAAAGUGAAUAUAUUUCGAAACGUGAUUUUCGUGUCCGUUUUCUCAGUGGAUUUUCUGGUUCAAAUGCAUUUGCUUUAAUAACACCAAAAGAAGCAAUGGUUUGGACUGAUGGUAGAUAUUUUAUACAGGCGCAAAUUGAACUGGAACCAGGAUGGAAAUUGAUGAAGGAUGGUGUUCCAAAUGCAAUUUCAACAACUGACUGGAUGAUUCAAAAUUUACACAAGGGCAGUCGAAUAGCUUUUGAUCCACAACUGUACCGGUAUGCUGAUGCAUUGCAAAUAAUCUCUGCUCUAAAGAAAGUUGAUAUUAGCGUGAUACCUUUGAAAGGUAACUUGGUCGAUUAUGUAUGGCAUGAUAGACCAGAAGAAUAUUUUGGAAAGAUUUUAGUGAUGAAUGAAAAUGAACAUGGAAUGGAAACAAGCAGGAAAAUUGAGAAAAUACGGCAUGAAUUACACUUAAAAGGCUGUAAUACAGCAAUUUUUACCGCCCUGGAUGAUAUUUCUUGGUUAUUGAAUAUUCGUGGUUCAGAUAUACCAUAUAAUCCAGUUGUUUAUGCGAUUAUUUUCAUGACUCCGGAUGAGGUACAUUUAUUUAUCAGUAAACGAAAAUUAAACAGUGCAGUAUCGAAUCAUUUAGCAAACAUUAUCAUUCAUGAAUAUAGCGAAGCAAGUGCAUGGAUUGGAGAAUGGCUUCGGAGCCAUAAAGGACAGUACAAAGUUUGUAUUCCAGACUCAACAAAUUAUGAAUUGGGAUCUUUAGUGGAAUCAAAUGAUGGCAUAGUAUUAGUUUCACCAAUCCAAUUUAUAAAAGCUAUAAAGAAUGAAACAGAAUUAAGUGGGAUGAGACGAUCAAGUAUCCGUGAUAGUGCUGCUAUAAUUGAAUAUCUUGUCUGGUUGGAAGAACAGAUUGCUGCUGGAAAAGAAAUUACUGAAGUAGCCGCUGGUGAGAAAAUGGAUACAUUUCGUAGUAGACAACCUCUUUUUGUUGAUUUAAGUUUCAAAACGAUAGCAGCAUUGAAUGAGCAUGCAGCUUUGCCACAUUAUCAAAGUACUCCAGCAACGGGUAAACAACUGCUAACCAAAAAUUGCAUGUUCUUAAUCGAUUCUGGUGGACAUUAUCGUGAUGGAACAACCGAUGUAACACGUACAAUUGCUUUUCCUGAUUUUAAGGAUAUGGAAUUCAAAAGAAUGUUUACGUUGGUCCUUAGAGGACAUAUUGCUAAUGCAAAGCUCAUUUUUCCUGAUGGUGUAAAUGGAAUACGUAUGGAUGCACUGUCAAGGCAAUAUCUCUGGAAUGAUGGAUUAGACUUUCAGCAUGGUGUAGGACACGGUGUUGGACAUUUCUUGAAUGUGCAUGAAGCACCAGUUGGUAUUACAUUUCGCAAAUACGAGAAAGAAGGUGGAAUCCAUAAAGGACAUAUAAUAACAAUUGAGCCCGGUUUCUAUGCUGAAGGCAAAUGGGGCAUAAGAAUUGAAAAUUGUUAUGAGGUUAUAACUGCUGACAAAAUGCGUUCAGGUGCGGAAAAUUUUCUGACAUUUUCACCGCUAACCUUGGUACCAAUACAAAAGUCUUUAGUGGAUAAAACAUCACUUACAACAGAAGAGGUUGAAUGGUUUAACCGUUAUCAUACAAUGUGUUUUGAAAAAGUUGGUCCUUAUUUAUUGGAAACAGGCAAAAAAAAAGAGUACGAAUGGCUUAUGAAUGCCUGCGCUCCUAUCUAA